GCGGGAUUGGUCGAACCGGUCACAAGAUGAAGUGAAUUAAAAAAAACAUUGAAAGCGUCUGAACGUCAGAGCUUCAUCUUCAUCAUCUUCUUCUUCUUCUUCAGGAAGACCUAACUCCUCCAACAUGUCUGAUACCCUGGUGGUGUGUGGUGUUGACGAAGAUCUGGUUGCAAAGCUGAAGGCGUUCCGUUUCCGGAAGGAGACCAAUAAUGCGGCCAUCAUCAUGAAGAUUGAUGUAGAAAAGCAGCUUGUUAUUCUGGAUGAAGAGUUCGAGGACAUUUCUCCUGAUGAUCUAGGAGGCGAAUUGCCGGAGAGACAGCCAAGGUUUGUCGUCUACAGUUAUAAAUACGUACACGAUGAUGGACGCGUGUCUUAUCCCCUCUGCUUCAUCUUCUCCAGUCCAGCGGGUUGCAAGCCGGUGCAGCAGAUGAUGUACGCAGGAAGCAAACUCAAACUGGUCCAAACGGUUCAGAUGAGCAAGGUGUUUGAGAUCAGAAACACAGAGGACCUAACAGAGGAGUGGCUCAAGGAGAAACUUGGCUUCUUUGGCUAAAGUCUCCACCUCAUCCAGACGUCUGGGACGGGAGGAGGAUCGGGGAAAACACACAACGGUUGAUGUUUCGCUCCUCUUUGUCCGGGACCUGAGUUAAAUAGUGUUUGAAAAUACUUCCUGUUGUCAGUUUUAGGCGGAGUUUGGUGGAGUUUACAGUAGAUUAAGAGUUUGUCUGAAGCGUCGGACAAUCGCGGAAAAGUUUUUAACUAAACCUCACCCACCUGGCAGCCUAAAACUGAGAAUGCUAUUUGACGCAGGUCUGCUUUUGUCUCCCACACAAUCUCUCUCCAUGUGCCAGUUACGUGUCUGUGUUGAAUUAAUGCUCCUCGAGCUCUUUGAGUGAACAGAAAUCCUCAUCUACACUUUCUAAGCUGUUCAUUCAGGAGAAGGCAUUUUAACAUUAGUUUCUGUUUCCUUUAGUCGUUCAUACUCUGAGUUUCCCCUUUUUAUCUUUAAUCAUUUUAUGGAGUCUUAUGUUUUGAUUUUUGUUUCUGGUGUAUUUAGGGUUUACACAAGCAAAUGGUUUAUAGUGUUAAUAUUCCUUUUGUUGUGAAAAACAAACUUCCUGCCAGAACUUUACAACAUUCACAGCUACAGAACAACUCCUAGGUUCUGUUGUCCUCAGUUGUUCCUUCAGUAUUCGUUUAAGGACAUUUAAAGUAUGAUUUAAGUAACAAACUUUCAUCACUCCAGUCGACAAAAGACAAAAACAUUGUGACCAUUCGAAGAGAGGCAAUCCUGAGACCUCUGGUUUAUAUAUGAUGUGUUGUGACUUCUCUAGUGCACGUGAACAAGCUGAGAGAGGCCCUGAAGUGAAGUGAUGCUCAUCACACUGAGUCUGUCAUCAAAACAUUUCUUCUCAAAUCAAAAAGAAAAAAACUGCGCUCUGCCUUUUGACCUGCAUUUUGUUACGAUGACAUCACACUCCAGGAAACAAUAUUUCCUCCGAAAACAUUCCAGACUGAACCGUUUCUACGAACCACGACAAACACAGCACACGGGGCGGCGUCACGUGUCUUUUGGGGAGAUUGUUAGCUAACGUUGUGCAUUAUUGCGAUUACUGUUAUUUAGUGUUUAUGAAUGUUGUGCUUAUUUCGGAUGUAAAACCACUUUGAUCGCUACGUGGUGGUCACAGCUUUGAGAAUGAUGGAUGUGACUUCUCCAAACGCCAGUUGUGCUUAAAAUUCAGCCUGGGAAGGCGAAGGACAGAAUCUGGACGAUGGACACUGUCCAUACAGAACCGGGUUGGACCAAUAUAUUCAUCUAUACUUUGUACCGAUCUUUAAAUUCUACAGUUACACUUUUUGGUUGUGUUUGACCUGUAUUCUGUCAUAUUGGGGUUUUAAUUAAUCACAGGCGGAGGUUAAAAGACCUAAUUUUAGCUUUCAGCAUAUUUCUUAAUCGACGUGCAGGAGUAGACAGCGGUGGGAAGAAGGUGCAGGGUUGUGUGGGAGACAAAAAUAAUACAGACACAUAGAAAAAUAAGUUUUCUAUGUGUCUGCGUGGGUUUUCUGCGGCUUCCUCCCACAGUCUGAAGAUAUGCAGACUGGGGUUAGGUUAAUUGGAGACUCUAAAUAAACCAUAUUUGUAAAUGGUUGUUUGUCUGUAUAUGUUGGCCCUGUGUUACGCUGGGUGUACUCUGGCUCUUACCCACCGUCACACGAUAUAGAUAAUGGAUGGAUGGAUUACGCAGUUAAAACAACUAAAAUGUGUCACUGUAAGCACACUAAUGGACUCUAUUGUAUAUUUUUAGUUAUUUUGAAGGCCCCAAAAUUAAUAAUUCUUCCCUGUUUCCUGCUGAAAAUCCUCUCAAACUGCAUUCAGACUGGUGCGGCACAUUAAAAGCCUAAACCAAACUAAUACUCAAAGGAUUAGCAGCUCCUAACAGCAGUGAGCAGUUUUCAGUAACUGAAUACGUUACUGAAUGGUUUUUAUGAUGGAGAAAUGACUCAUUCAGCAGAUUUCUUAAUAAAAGCUCAAUAUCUGCUCAGUAUACUGGUCCAACCCGAAUACAGAAAAAUCGGCACAAAUGAAUUCCACACAUUCCCUCGUCAGCGUCGUCUCUCGUUGAGAAACUUUGACGUCUACCAAACGGAUAAUGGAGCGUUGUGGCAGAUUUAAAGCCCCGAGGCAGGAAAUCACCCCAUAAUGUACGAUGUCGUCCUGCUAAGUCGACCGUACCAAUGCCUUGUCUGACAUUUGUCAUAUUUAUGUCUGUUUUAAAAAACCAUGAGGCCAAAAUGAAAACACGACGAAGACAGUAUGUUUUGUCAGAAUAAUCCACGACGAUUGAAAAAGCUUUGUCUGUGAUUUUCUUUUAUUAUUAAUUUUUUUUUUUUACUUUCUGAUCUAUUAAGUAUGAGACGUCUUUUUUGUGGGUUUCAUUAAAUAAUAGAAGGGUUAGGGUUAGGGUUUUUUUUUAAAGAUCUGACUCAAAGAUGUAAACGAUGUAAACAAUAAGACAUAUCAUGUAAAUCAUUGAGAGACGUCAAAUGUUAGACGAUAAUCAUUUAUGAUUUACACGUCAGGCAAGGUUUCAUCCAACAGGAACGAUGGGAAAGGACUGUAAUCACUUGUUUUUGCUGCCUAUGAAUAAACUAUCAGUUUGAUAUCAUGCUGCUGUAGAGGAAUAACAAUUCUGUUGACUGAAGUAUUACAGGCUCACUUGGAAACAGCUUGUGUUUCACUUGAAACGUGCUUUUCGACGUUAUAUAUACAAACACGUUUAGCUCUUCUGUUGUUAGGAAAAGAUUCUGAAAACCUGGAAAAUGUGGAGGGCUACUGUAUAAGAAGUGCAUGAUUUAAUGUACGACCUUCUGACCUGUUCUGUUGCAUGCAUUCUUUCAGAGAGUUAAAUUAUUAACCUCAUUUGAUUUUGACUGAAACACCUGCAUCUCAAACAUCUGCUCCCAGUGUCAUUUUCUUAUUUAGAAUAUUUACACACCAACAACCCUCUUCUUCUUAAGAUUUUCAAUGAAGUGGGAAGUAACACACUGUAACACUGGUGGCGCAUCAUAAACAACUUCCUCGAGUACAAGGUCUAUCGGAAAAAAGAGUUCCCUUUGGUUUUGAGCCAUGUCCUGUGGAUCGAAGCUUUUCCUCCUUCGUGGUGAGCCUGUUUAAAUAUAAAUGGCCUCUUGAGUCUUUUUCUGUAACCUGCAGAUGUGUUGUUGAGCUUUUGAUGUCUUCUCUGAACCGAUGCCUACUCUUCUACUCUUCUUUCCUUUUUAAUAAAAACACCUGGACCAUGUAUGAUCAUGAUCAGCUGCAUAGUGGCAUCAGUGAAACUUGAGAUAUUUGUAUUUUCCCAUACUUUAUAAAAUUGUCUGUUGUCCCAUCGUCCAAAUAAAAUGACAGCGAUGUUUA